UCUGGUCGCGGCCCCCGCUCUUCUUCGGCUCCUGCCCCUCGCCGCUGGAGAGCCCGCCGGCGCGCAGGGCCCAUGAGCGCCCGUCGGUAGCGCGCCAGCCUGCGGUGCCCGGAUUCCGAGCGCAGCCUCGAGGUCCCACCUGAGGUGCCCCUGACCAUCCCUGUUCCCCACCCCACCCCGGAUCCCGGCAAUGCUAACCGCUGUCUGCGGCUCUCUGGGCAGCCAGCACACGGACGCGCCUCACGCCUCCCCGCCGCGCCUCGACCUGCAGCCUCUCCAAACAUACCAGGGCCACACGAGCCCGGAGGCCGGGGACUACCCCUCCCCGCUGCAGCCUGGAGAGCUGCAGAGCCUCCCGCUGGGCCCUGAGGUGGACUUCUCGCAGGGCUAUGAGCUGCCGGGGGCCUCCUCUCGGGUAACCUGCGAGGACCUGGAAAGCGACAGUCCCUUGGCCCCGGGACCCUUUUCCAAGCUCCUGCAGCCGGACAUGUCACACCAUUACGAAUCGUGGUUCAGGCCGACUCACCCGGGCACGGAGGAUGGCUCGUGGUGGGACCUUCAUCCGGGCACCAGCUGGAUGGACCUCCCCCACACUCAGGGCGCGCUGACCUCACCGGGCCACCCUGGGGCGCUUCAGGCCGGCUUGGGGGGCUAUGUCGGAGACCACCAGCUUUGCGCGCCGCCGCCCCACCCACACCCGCACCACCUCCUCCCGGCCGCCGGAGGGCAGCACCUCCUGGGGCCUCCCGACGGGGCUAAGGCCUUGGAAGCGGCCGCCCCGGAGUCCCAGGGGCUGGAUUCCAGCCUGGACGGAGCAGCCCGGCCCAAAGGCUCCCGGCGGUCAGUGCCCCGCAGCUCCGGCCAGACCGUGUGCCGCUGCCCCAAUUGCCUGGAGGCGGAGCGACUGGGGGCUCCGUGCGGGCCCGACGGCGGCAAGAAAAAGCAUUUGCACAACUGCCACAUCCCGGGCUGCGGGAAAGCCUACGCCAAGACGUCGCACCUGAAGGCGCACCUGCGCUGGCACAGCGGCGACCGUCCCUUCGUGUGCAACUGGCUCUUCUGCGGCAAGCGCUUCACGCGCUCUGACGAGCUGCAGCGCCACCUCCAGACCCACACGGGCACCAAGAAGUUCCCCUGUGCAGUCUGCAGCCGCGUCUUCAUGCGCAGCGACCACCUGGCCAAACACAUGAAAACCCACGAGGGCGCCAAAGAGGAGGCUGCCGGCGCGGCCACAGGCGAGGGCAAGGCCGGCGGAGCGGUGGAGCCCCCCGGGGGCAAAGGCAAACGGGAGGCCGAGGGCGGCGCGGCUUCCUCCAACUGAGCUGCUCCGGUGCCGCCCCCCACGCUAAUCUCCCCUGUGGGCAUCAGAAGAGAUCCCCCCCCAGCCCCCCGGCCUGAUGCCCUGGGGGGAGCGACUUGAGUCAGAGGAGAAGGUGGUUAUUUAUUGAGGGGGAGGGAAAGUGGUGCGGGGUCAGGGGGACCGGGCGCUAGGGGUUCUUUUAGUCUCUGGGGCUGGAUGAGACAUGUUUGGCUGGGCUGGGCGGAGCUGCGCACGCCCCUCUGGCCUCCCCUUACUCACUACUUCGCUCCUGUGCCCGGGCUGGGGGGGAUGG